AUGUUGCUGGCUUCUGGUGAGGUCUCCUCUAAGCACCCUGGGGCGCCGUCCUUUUUGGGUGAAGCCGACAGUUCAGUCGGUCUUGCACCCUCCGUGACUCCCCUAACACCUCCACUGCCUCUGCAGCAGCAGCAGCCAUGCAACUGUUGGCCAUAUGCUCCUGACCAGGCAGCGGGGGGGUUGACUGUAGGCACUUCUGCCUGCAGGGGGGGAGGGGGCUCUCCCAUACAGCCUGCUGCGGGGCCGCUGACGGGUCCCAUGCAGCUGCCAGUAGGAGCAGGAGGACCCCCCUGCUUGGGUGUCGAAGGGUCUCGGCUGGCGUCCACAGUUGCACCUGCUGCUGUUGAUGGAGCUGCAGCAACAGGGGGACCGUCCCCUGCUGUGUGGGUUUCUGGAGGGGCCCCGUGCAGCCGGGGCCCUAUGCAAGCGAGUUGCCCAUCCCCGUGUGCCCCUGUCGCUUCAUAUCCAUCCUGUCAUGUCCCAUGUGUGGGAAAGCCUCUACAGCAACCUCCCAUUCCUUGUUACCCGUCACUUCUUAUGGGGGCCUCCUUGGGCCCUGCAGGUCAAGUGGUCCAGCAUCCCCGCUCUUCGCCGCAGGGCCCCCUCAUGUCUCAGCAGCCGCCUCAGCACAGUGUGCUUUUGCAGCAGCACUUGGUACAGCAACAACCCUUGGUACAGCAGCCGGUAUUGCAGAAUCAGCUGUUACAACAACCCGGGGGCAGUCUUUCUGUGUGCUUGCGGCCUGAAGCGGUUAACAUGAUUACUGCAGCGCUCCGGCGUUACCUCGUUACAGUGGUCUCUGAGGUGUAUAGGGAGGUGGCGCGCCCCUGGCGGCCAUCUGGAGGGUGCUGCUCGCAGCUCCAGCACCUUCCUCUGUGCCGCAAAGACCAUGAAGGGGGCAACAGUCCCAUUGGCACCAGUAGCACAGCCACUACCAGCGGGGGCCUAGAGGAGGAUGAGGAGUCAGCUUUCUGCAGCAGCACUAACAACACCAACAACAUUGCUGCAUCUGCAAGCAGCACGAACAGGUGCGGGGGGGAGCCGUCACAGGCUCCCCUAGCCCUUUCAAAGGGACAGUCACCCGAGGACACCCAAGCACCUCGCGCACAAAGACCAUCAACGGCAGCGGCUGCUGCUGCUGCUGCACCAUCGGGUGACGACAGCAACACAGAGGGAACGUGGAGCUUGCUGUGUAAGAAGGAGGCAUUCUGUGGCAGUGCCGCUUCAGCAGCAGCACCUACAGGAGCAGCAGCAGCUCCAUCAUCAUCUACUUCGGCAGUAGGGGAGCAGGCAUAUCAUCUACAAGCCAUAAGGAACGGCCCUUCGGAACAGCUAGCCAAGUACGUGACGCUGCUGCUUCCCUUUCUUUCGGACUCGCCGCAGGAGCUGAGGGCCAGGAACCCCCAGUGUUUUGUUGAGGCACGCAUGCAGCUGGAGGCACUGCGCCAGAGGCAGCAAGAGCAGCCGCAAUAUCAGCAAACCCAACAGAUGCCUUUGCAGCCUCAACACCACCAACAACAGAUGCCAGUGCAGCAUCAGCACCUGCCAAUGCCGCAGCAGCCUCAGCAUCCACCAAUUCCACUGCAGCAGCAACAGCAGCAGCAGCAGCCUGUGGCCCUUCAACAGCAGCCACACCAGCAACCCAUUGCGCUGCAGCAGCACCGGCAGAUGCCACUACAGCAGCAGCCUGAGAUGAGGCUGCACCACCCGCAGCAGUUAUCGCUGCAGCAGCAGCCGCAGCAAGAUGUUGCUGUGGAGGCACCCCAACAACUGUCACUCCAACGGCAACAGCUGCCAACACUUUUGCAGCAGCAGCAACAGCUGACCCGUCCUACAGGCAUUCCCACAUCACCGGCAGGUUUUGCUGCUGGCUGCUGCAGCGCGUUGCGCGAACAUGGAGUGGCGGGAGCCGCAGCAGGAGGCACAACAACAACCACAGCUGCUGCUGGGUUUAGGGGCGCUGACGGCCCUUUCGGUGGCCCUAUUGUCCCUCCGGGCUGGCAAGGAGCAGAAGCGGCGACAGCAGGUGAAGGGGUCCGGGGGGAAGUGCGAAGCCGCCCGCCGUGGCCAGUAGACGAGAGCCUUCGAUGGGGCCCCCAUGCUGCAUCUAGCUGCGCAGGGGGCCCCUCUUUCGGCUUCAUGGGGGCCCCUGCUGCUGCAGGUUCUGCUGGGAAGGGGGAAUGCGCGACGAGCUGCAGCAGCGGCAACGCCGAUGCUGCUGCACUGGUGCAACUGUCUCGCCCGACGCUACCGUCUUCUAUCCCAGCGUCAGCAGCUGGGGAAGGAGCAAGUGCUGCUGCAGGCGACUGCUUGGUGCCCAGAAUGAACCUAGGGGCCGUCGGGUCCUGCAGCCACGACGGACUGAAUUCUGGAAGCAGGGUGAUGAUGCCUUGGGGCUCCAGGGCGGGGGUGCCGCGCCCCUCUCCACCCCCCUUGGGGCAACUUGUUGCCCUCGACUCCCCCACACCUGCUACCAGCGCUUCGCCACCGUGCAUGUGGCCUGUUUCCCCCUCUGCCUCCACAACUGCAGCACCCAACUCCUUGGCGACUACCCCGACGGCAGGCACAGGGUCGGGAGUGACAGGACCAGUAGGCGUUCUUCCUAAUCGCAAGAAACUCGUACCAGCGGAGCUGGGCAGCGUCAUCUCUGCAGAGGGUCUCGGCCGCUCUCCGCGCGGCAACGUGCGCGUAUGCCACAGCCAACCCCACAACGCAUGGCUCGUGCUGUGCUGUGCGGGGGGGGCCGAGAGCCGCGCCUUUUCGGUUUUGCAGCUCGGCUAUGAGGGAGCGAAGCGGGUGGCGCUUCUCUAUGCAGCUCAGUGCCGGCGUCAUCUGAACAGCCGUAGGGCUGCUGCACAGAAGCCUGCCAUGCCAGCAGCAGCGGUGGCAGAGGCUCCCCCCGAACGGCCGUCAAAAGUGAAGACUCCCGAGGACACCUCUGCUGAACUGGCGGCAACGGGAUUGGGCUCGACAGGCCCCCCUGGGGGCUGUUUCAACCUCAUUGACUAUUCAGGAGAUGUCCCGUACACGACGAGAAGUGACGUGUCGGCAAGCCGCGUGGCCCGCCUCAGCCGGCGUGCCAUGGAAUUGCCGUAUGUGCACGGAGUCCGUUUUGAGGCUGAGACGUUCGCAUGGGUGGCGCAGAUGCGGGGGGAGGCCCGUCGUUUUCUUGUCAAGAAACACGGCUUUAUCAAGUCUAGGCUGUGCGCUGUGGAAAAGAUUCAGGCUUGGAGGGCAACGCUGCCGCCGGCGGCUCUGGAGCAGGAGCUUAAAGUGGAACAAGAAGUGCUGGAGAUGCUUCGUACCUCAGGGGCCAAUCCGGCGUCUUCUCAACCGAUGCCGUUAGGGCCUCCCCUUCAGCAGCUCCCUGCUCCCGAUUUCAGGGAGACGUCGGCUUCCCUUGACUUUUAA